UGGAAUUACAAUUAGUGGAAAAAAAAGAGAAGAGUCGGACCCUUCGCGGUUUCUGCCCGUUAGGGCUAUCGAGAAACAGGCGCCAUUUCUGCCUCGGCGCUUCUUCCUCAUGCGAAGCCCAAAUUUUGGAAACGAAAAAAAUUCGGACUCCUUCGUUCCGAAGGGAAUAGGAGCAAGGUUUAUCUCCCUUUUUUUCUCAGGAUGCAGAAGGAUGGACAAGGCGAUAUGCCGGCGCAUUUUAAGCACAUCGAGAGGAACGAAUUUCUGCAUAGGAAGCAUCUAAAGCAAAAGAAACAAGAUAUUCCUAUAUGCAAUUGCAAAUAUAUUGCUGAUGAUCCUGAAAGUGCAUGCGGUGAAAGGUGCCUGAACGUAUUGACAAGCACAGAAUGUACGCCUGGGUUCUGUCCUUGUGGCGAAUAUUGCAAGAAUCAGAGAUUCCAGAAAUGUCAAUAUGUAAAAACUAAACUGCUUAAAACUGAUGGUCGUGGAUGGGGCCUUCUGGCUGAUGAGAAUAUAAAGGCUGGUCAGUUAGUUAUUGAAUACUGUGGAGAAGUAAUUACAUGGGAAGAGGCGCAGAGGAGGUCUGAGAUAUAUGAAAAAGAUGGACUUAAAGAUGCAUUUAUUAUUUCUUUGGAUGCUUCUGAGCUGGUUGAUGCCACCAGAAAAGGAAGCCUUGCUCGAUUCAUCAACCACUCAUGUGAGCCGAAUUGUGUAACAAGGAAGUGGACUGUUCUGGGGGAAUUAAGAGUUGGGAUUUUUGCAAGGCAGAACAUUUCAUAUGGUACAGAACUCUCAUAUGAUUAUAAUUUUGAAUGGUAUGGUGGUGCCAAGGUUCGUUGCCUCUGUGGAGCAGCAUCUUGUUCUGGAUUUCUUGGGGCAAAAUCUCGUGGCUUUCAGGAGGACACUUAUCUUUGGGAGGAUGAUGAUUACAGAUUCUCUAUUGAGAACAUCCCCCUCUAUGAUUCUGAAGAUGAUGGACCAUCCACAAGGCUCCUGAAGCCUAUGGAUUCGUUGGAAGAUUCUAGUUGGUUAAAUGAAAAACAAAAUGGUUUGAUGGAUGGCGACAUUGUUGAUGAGAAGAUGAAAUCGGAGGAGAAUGAAGAUGAAAAGAUGAAAUUAGAGGAAGAUGAAGAUGAGAAGAUGAAAUUAGAGGAAGAUGAAGAUGAGAAGAUAAAAUUAGAGGAAGAUGAAGAUUCAAAGAUGCAAUCGCAAGAUUCUGAUACAAAUGCAUCUCAUAUUCAAAGUAACAAUACAUCUGACAAUUAUAAAACUGAGCCUGGCCAAAAUAAAAGCUCAGUGUGUCAUUCGGGUGGAAGAUCAAAAGCUGUCACUCAGAAGCAAGUCAAUGUAAAGCUUAUCACUCAGCUCUUACUAUCAAAAGAAGCAGAAGAAGAAAUUUUGGCUUACGAGGAAGCUAGAAACCUGGCUAAAGCCCAACUAGAUUCUCUAUAUGAUGAGAUAAGACCAGCAAUUGAAGAUCUCGAAAAAGACAGUCAAGAUAGCGUCUCAACCAGUGUAGCAGAGAAGUGGAUUGAGGCUUGCUGUUCUAAACAGAAAGCAGAGUUUGAUCUCUACUUCUCCAUUAUCAAGAAUGUAUCAAGCACUUCCAGCAGGUUGUCGCAGGAUGAAGUACAUGUGAAGGUCGAAGACCACGAGAAUUUACUUGAUUCUAACUGCUGAUGAUGGCAUGACCUAAAAGUAGUUUUUUAUUUAUUGACGCAUCUUGAUUUGUUUAUCUAAACAUUGUAUUGGUCCUCAUAAUCUGGAACUGAAGAGUCAAGAUCAAAUUUUAUCAAGCGUGAAGGGUCCCAAAAUCAAAUCUUCUGUCAA